AGAGGAGCGCAGAGUGAGAUUGAGCCGGACGCUCCGGGAGGCGAAGGGGGCGGGGGGAGCAGCGCCGCGGCCGCCGCCGCCUCCGCCUCCGCCGCCUGGGACGAGGGGGUGGGGGACGGACGAGCCCCGAUGCCGGGGGAGACGGAAGAGCCGAGACCCCCGGAGCAGCAGGACCAGGAAGGGGGCGAGGCGGCGGCGGCCAAGGCGGCUCCAGAGGAGCCCCAACAACAGCCCCCUGAGGCGGCGGCGGCGGCGGCGCCUGCGGGGACCACUAGCAGCCGCGUGCUGAGGGGAGGUCGGGACCGGGGCCGGGCCGCUGCGGCCGCCGCCGCCGCCGCUGUGUCUCGCCGGAGGAAGGCCGAGUAUCCCCGCCGGCGGAGGAGCAGCCCCAGCGCCAGGCCUCCCGACGCCCCAGGGCAGCAGUCCCAGGCCGCGAAGCCCCCGUCUCCAGCUCAGGGCAAGAAGAGUCCGCGACUCCUAUGUGUAGACAAAGUGACAACUGACAAAGAUCCUAAGGAAGAGAAAGAGGAAGAAGAUGAUUCUACCCUCCCUCAGGAAGUUUCCAUUGCUGCAACUAGGCCUAGCCGGGGCUGGCGCAGCAGUACCAGGACGUCUGUUUCUAGGCAUCAUGACACAGAGAACACCCGAAGUUCUAGGUCGAAGACUGGUUCCUUGCAGCUCAUCUGCAAGUCAGAACCAAAUACAGAUCAGCUUGAUUAUGAUGGGGCAGAAGAACAUCAGUCUCCAGGUGGCAUUAGUAGUGAUGAGGAGGAGGAAGAGGAAGAAGAGAUGUUAAUCAGUGAAGAGGAAAUACCAUUCAAAGAUGACCCAAGAGACGAGACCUACAAACCCCACUUAGAGAGGGAAACCCCAAAACCACGGAGAAAAUCAGGGAAGGUGAAAGAAGAGAAGGAGAAGAAAGAAAUUAAAGUGGAAGUAGAGGUAGAGGUGAAAGAAGAAGAGAAUGAAAUUAGGGAGGAUGAGGAACCUCCUAGGAAGAGAGGAAGAAGGCGAAAAGAUGACAAAAGUCCACGAUUACCCAAAAGGAGAAAAAAGCCUCCAAUCCAGUAUGUCCGUUGUGAGAUGGAAGGAUGUGGAACUGUUCUUGCUCACCCUCGCUAUUUGCAGCACCACAUUAAGUAUCAGCAUUUGCUGAAGAAGAAAUACGUAUGUCCUCAUCCCUCCUGUGGGCGACUCUUCAGGCUCCAGAAGCAACUUCUACGACAUGCCAAACAUCAUACAGAUCAAAGGGAUUAUAUCUGUGAAUAUUGUGCUAGGGCCUUCAAGAGUUCUCACAAUCUGGCAGUGCACCGGAUGAUUCACACUGGCGAGAAGCCAUUACAAUGCGAGAUCUGUGGAUUUACGUGUCGGCAGAAGGCAUCCCUUAAUUGGCACAUGAAGAAGCAUGAUGCAGAUUCCUUCUACCAGUUCUCUUGCAAUAUCUGUGGCAAAAAAUUUGAGAAGAAGGACAGCGUAGUGGCACACAAAGCAAAAAGCCACCCUGAGGUGCUGAUUGCCGAAGCUCUGGCUGCCAAUGCAGGCGCCCUCAUCACCAGCACAGAUAUCUUGGGCACUAACCCAGAGUCCCUGACACAACCUGCAGAUGGGCAGGGUCUUCCUCUUCUUCCUGAGCCAUUGGGAAACUCCACCUCUGGAGAGUGCCUCCUGCUAGAAGCUGAAGGGAUGUCAAAGUCAUACUGUAGUGGGACAGAACGGAGUGUUGCAGAUUUGCCAUCCCUCCACUGUGGGGGUAGAAAAUGGAAUAAGGAUAGAAGGGAUGUAGAAUAUGCUUUCCUGCCCACAGUAAGGAUUUGGAAUUGACUUGGUAUGUUGAGUACAUUUGAAAAUACUAUCAGGUUGAUUGGGUGGGUUUACAACAAAGUUGUUCCACUCCCAUUAUAAGUCCAUUUUGUACUUUUUUACUAGCUCGUAUCUGUACCCUACACUAUUACCUUUUGUCUUUGUCACAUUUAUCUUCUCCUUUGUCUCUGUAAGUUGUUUUUGCAGUGGUUAGUCAUCAGAUAUUUUAACCACCUACACAAAAGCAAACUGCAUAAAAAAAACUUGAUGAGAUUGAGGGAAAAUACGUUCUUCCCUAUAUCACACUCCUCCCCACCAAAGCAACAAGUUAGUUCUAAUAAUUAGAAACUUUCUAUUCUUCCUCCUUUUGUUUUUUGACCUCUUUAUAGGUACCACUUGCCUACCGUUUGCUUCAAUAAAUUAUUAUAGCAGUUUGCAAUCAAUCUUAAAAUAUUCUCCAUGGCCUUUAUCUUUUUUCCUUUUGAUAAAGGGAUGCUAGCACAAUAAGAGUGGUGUAAGUAAGCUGUCUUAUACUAGGCCCUCUUCCCUUUCCCUGUCUGCUUCUCAUGCUGUUUACUUCUUUGUCCUUCCAAGGAGCCCUUUUAGUCUUAAAAUUCUGCAUUUUGUACUCUUAAUCAAAUUGGGUUACCUUUUUAAUAACUUCCCAUUGCACAUUCUCCAAUUUGAAUUGGCAGUUCAAAAUUCUGAAAGUAUAGUUGAGAUACAAGUAGUAUUUCUGGGAGAUGCGCUUUCCCCUAGUCUCUGGUUGCCCAGGGUUAUUCUGCAUAAUUGAGACUUACUGUGCUCCAGAGAGUUUGGAUAAACACUGGCCAGGAUUACUGGAAGUUAAAAAAGAAUUCAGGUAUGGAAAAGCAUCUACAUAGAGCACUUGAACCUCCUUUGUACCUGUUGGAAAAAAUACAAAGAGUGUACUAAACCCAGCUAAGGUUAUUACAGUCUGGUUGUUUGAAGUACCAUUUUUCCCUCCUCCUUUUUCCCACUUUCCAGUGUACUCAAGAAAAUUGAAAAAUUGUAAUGGAUCAAUUUAAAAUAUUUUUACUUCCUAAAAGCCUUUUUUGCCUGUUGUAAUGUGCAGGACCCUUCUCCUUUGAUGGGAGAGACAGGUAGUUACCUGAAUCUAGGUUGAAAAGGUUAUGUAAAAAGAAAUUAUAAUAAAAGGGAUACUCUGCUUUUCAAAUCCUUGUUUUCUCUUAAUCUAGGUAAGGCAUAUCCAAAAUAAAUAUGUAAAGAAAAAUAAAAGUUGUCUUCAUGGAAGCAACUUGUCUUCCUUGAUUGUACUGAGUUACAGUUAUCCUAAGGGUUAAAACAAUUGAUUGCUGCUGAGAAUCCAGUGCCCCCAGGACAGGGUUUAUGUGGCAGGUGCUAUUGCUUCUCUCCAGCAGAGUCAGAUAGUUUACUUCUCUUUCGUUCUUGAUCUCUAAUGCUGAGUUGCCAUAGGAUUCUUUGAUCAUCUGGCCAACUUGGAAACCCCUCCAGUGUUUUGACAGAGUUCUAGAAAAGAUGGCCUUAUUAAUCUAGUAGGGAGAACGUUAAGGAUGCUAUGAGGUUUAUGUUAGUCUGAUAAUGACAAAACCUUGAUAGCAUUUAAUAUCAGUGCUUUUUCACAAAACUCAGUGUCCACAGCGAGUACUAACUUAAAAAAAAGAUAAAAAUAGAAUCCUCCUACCUUAAAAGGCCUACUGUGAGUGCCAGUCUCAGUUUUCCUCCCCUCCACCCCUUGUUUAUUGUUUCCCUGUGGAAGUUUGCACCUGAAAAGGCAUGUGUUUCUAUUUAGAGACAAUGUCUAUGGUACGAAAUAGUGAAAGCUAAUUGAUUUGGGGAUGACAUUUGCCGCUCUUGCUCAGGGAGCAUUAUCUAACCUACAGAGUUACGUUAGAUGCAGCAGAAGAGAACUCUGCAUGUGCUUUUAAACUCUUUUGUCCUCAUUUCAAAGCCCAGCUCAUUCUCAUAUUUUGUUAGGAAGCAGUGUGGUAUGACUGGGAUAAGGAAGAAGAAGGAAAGCAUGUUGUCACUUGAGACUGCCUUAGAAAUGUUUCCCAGUCAGCGUUGGGUGUUUCCUGUUCUUUGGAAGAGAACAGGCCCAAACAGUACCUUCUUCAUCCUGUAGCUGCAAGGAAGGCACCAUGAUCGAGGUUAGAGAUGACUGACUUUGCUGAUUUUUAGUUGAGUGUAAAUGAAACUAACUUUAAAUACAUAAUGAAAAGAUGCUAUAUUUUUAAAGGACCUAUUUUGCAUAAAUUUUGUUUCUUGAACAAAAUGUGAAAAACCUACAGAAUGAAAUUGCAAAGUCAAUGGGAGAAUCAGAGACCUAAUUUAAGUUUUUUGCCUGCUUGCUGGGUUUUGUGCACAUUAUUUAGUUUCUUUAAGCCUCAGUUUCUUAAUGUAAAAUGAGGAAAAUAAUACUUAUAGAACUAUUCUAAAGAUAAAUAAAGGCUUUAAAGCCUUUCACACAGUGUCUGGCCCAGAGUAGCUGCUUAAUCAAUGGCAGCUGUUAAUAACUUAAUAUUAUUGAAUACUUUACCAGGCCAAAAAAGGAAAAAGAGAGAGAGAGAGAGAGAAAGAAGAGGACAUGGGCAGUGCAAGGGAGGGUGAUAACAAAAUGAACUGAUUAUGUGUAUAUAAAGUAGAUCACAUUAGGCAGGGAUGUCAUGAGGAUUAGUGUGAUAGUGACCUUGUUGCUAAGUGCAAAAGCAAAACAAUGACAUAAAAGCAAGUAGGCUCAGCACUGAGUGGAGGAGAGAGAUGGAGGCAGACACUGCAGGGAAAAAAGCUGAUUAAAAAGGGGCCUUUGAUUCCACAGGCACAAAAAUCCACAGCCAGGAAUUUGCUGCCACCUCUGAGUCAGGCAGGGGGGUGGGGGUGGGGUGCACAAUCCCAUUAGUACAGAAUGCCCAGUGGAUUUAGUCUGAGAGUCACAUUUCUUACUUGGACCAGUGUAGACCGUAGCAAACCCAGCUCACUUGUUUCCUGGGACAGUUGAGUUAGGGGAUGGCUUUUGCAGAGCACUCACCGCUGACCCCUCACCGCCGGGACCUCUGUAGCCGCUCUAUCUGGCUAGCAAGGAAGAUUCGUUCAGACCUGACUGCUCUUUUGGAAUCUUAUGUAAGUUGCCUGAUUUGCUGUUGUCUGUUUUCACUUCAUCUCUUCUGAUGCAGCCCCUUACUGUCAUGUUCCAGCCCCCAAUACCAAUCAUUGAAGGCCCUAAUCAUAUAGUCAUUCAUAGAUUGGGCACCUAUUAUUUGACAUGGUUCCUUCCCUUAAGGAAACUCCUAUGACCUUAUUUUCUUCUCUAGGCUGUUUAGGAGACAUGAUCUAUGAAUAAGAAAAAUAGACAUAGGCUUCUGAGUGGGAUUGGCUGCGUGUCAUGGAGGCUAUUCCUAAUUUGAUUGCCUACAGUCUGAAUUCUACCAGAAUAGAUUAACCAUGUGCCCUCUAAGUGUGGGUUCUUCAUUCACAUUGUUCUGAAUUUUUGAGCAGCAUAAACCCAAAGAAUUUCUUCUGUACAGUAUUAGCCACCCACUUUUUCAUUACAUAUAUCAAGUUUCUGUGUGUCUAAAUAGAAUGGUCACCUACACUAUCAAAAGGAUUCCCUAGAAGAUUCAUUGGGGACUUAGGGAAGUGUCAAAGGAACUAACCAUGGAGUUCCAGAUUGGUUUUCUGAUAGAGGGAGAUCACCAUCAGUUUCCACCUAAGGCUCACUAUUACAGAAACACUGAAGGAGAGUUGUAAAUUUAAGUUCUCUGAGAAUUGGUUUAUCUUUGUAUAGUCUCACCAGUUAAAAAUCAGACUCUUUAGUGCCUUUUUUUAUUUUUUAAUUUUUAUUUAACUAAUUCCCACUGAAUUCUCUAAAGGAUUGUCCUCACCGUUGAGAGUGGAUAAUGAAGGAGAGGGGGUUAGAAAAAUUCUGCAAUGGGUUAAUUCUAGGGCUUCCUAAGGUCUGGUCAGUGUCUUCAAGUAUGUUUAAAA